UACCCCAACGUUCACAUUGUUUUCCUCUGCGCAGUUAUCAGCUUUGUCUUCUACAGUAUUUUCUACAAAGACUUAUUUCUCUUCACGGCGACGUAUUUUGUAAACAUAUCCAUGGGAAUCCGUGCUGCGAGAAACCAAGCAAGAAAUAAGGUGGUUUUAUUGUACACGCCGUUUUUUGGCAAUAGAUGGAUCGACUAUGUGACUCUAGAGGGAGACAAGGUUGAAUUUGUUGAAGGAGAAAAAACUUUUCACGACUGCGAAGUGUCCUCGUGUGUGCUAACAUAUGACCAGAGUAAACUUUUAGAAGUCGAUGCUGUAGGGUUUCAUGCAAGAGACAUGCCAGAUAUUCUUCCAACACGUUUAAAUACGCAACAAAUCUGGUUUUACUUUGUCUUGGAAAACCCUUUAAAUGUGUUUGUGAAACCUGAUGGCUACGCCGGCGUAUUUAACUGGACAAUGUCGUAUAGCCGAGAAUCCGAGGUUUACAUACCGUACGGGAUGUACAAAUCAAUAGAAAAGGAAGCAAGAGACUUCAGACAAAUUCAUGCACCAGAUGAAAAGGACACACAAGUCGCUUGGUUGGUCAGCAACUGCAACGCAAAAGAACGAACAGAGUACGUGGAGGAAUUACAGAAAUAUAUCAACGUUUCCAUCUAUGGAAAAUGCGGCACUCAAACCUGCCCAAAGGAACGUCAUUCGCUGAUCUGUAACGCGUUAUUAAGCAGACAUAGGUUUUAUUUAGCUUUCGAGAAUGGAAACUGUCCUGAUUAUAUUACUGAAAAAUACUGGGAUAACGCGAUAGGUAACAGCGUUGUCCCUGUAGUAAUGGGCGGGGCUGAUUACAAGGCUCUCGCAAUUCCAAAUUCGUACAUCGAUGUUCAAGAUUUCGCCUCUCCAAAGAAGCUUGCAGAGUAUCUGCAGUAUCUUGCGGGCAACGACACCGCAUACGAAGAAUAUUUUUGUUGGAAGAAACAGUAUCAGCGCAUUCGAACCCGGCGUGCUUGUGAAUUGUGCAAACAACUUCAUAACCAAAGCCUUUAUACACCGUCGAGAGUAUACACAAACUUGACAAAAUUCUGGAAUAGAAAGCAGUGUAAAAAUCGUAUGCACUAG